AUGGACCUCUUGGACCCUGACAUCUUUAAUAGGGACCCCAGGGACCACUACUACCUGCUGCAGCGACUAGGCGGCGGCACUUAUGGGGAAGUUUUCAAGGCUCGAGACAAGGUGACUGGGGACCUGAUGGCAUUGAAGAUGGUGAAGAUGGAGCCUGAUGACGAUGUCUCCACUCUGCAGAAGGAAAUCCUCAUCUUGAAAACUUGCCAGCAUGCUAACAUCGUGGCCUAUCAUGGGACCUACCUCUGGCUGCAGAAGCUCUGGAUCUGCAUGGAAUUCUGUGGGGCUGGCUCUCUCCAGGAUAUUUACCAAGUGACGGGCCCACUGUCUGAGCUACAGAUUGGCUAUGUCUGUCGGGAAGUGCUUCAGGGACUCGCCUAUCUUCACUCACAGAAGAAGAUACAUCGGGAUAUCAAGGGAGCCAACAUUCUUAUCAAUGAUGCUGGGGAGGUCAGACUGGCUGACUUUGGUAUCUCGGCCCAGAUCGGGGCUACGCUGGCUCGACGCCUCUCCUUCAUCGGAACACCCUACUGGAUGGCUCCAGAAGUGGCAGCUGUGGCCCUGAAGGGGGGAUACAAUGAGCUGUGUGACAUCUGGUCCCUGGGCAUCACAGCCAUUGAGCUGGCCGAGUUGCAGCCCCCGCUCUUUGACGUGCACCCUCUCCGAGUUCUCUUCCUCAUGACCAAGAGUGGUUACCAGCCACCUCGGCUGAAGGAAAAGGGAAAAUGGUCAGCUGCCUUCCACAACUUUGUCAAAGUCACCCUCACUAAGAACCCCAAGAAACGACCUGGAGCCACCAAGAUGCUGAGUCAUCAACUGGUGUCCCAGUCUGGGCUGAAUAGAGGCCUGAUCCUAGACCUUCUGGAAAAACUGAGGAAUCCAGAGAAGGGGUCCCCAGUUGGUGAGACAGAGGAUGAGGAGCCCGAGCUACCCCCUGCCAUCCCUCGGCGGAUCCGCUCCACCCAUCGCUCCAGCUCCCUGGGGAUCCCUGAUGCUGACUGCAGUCGGCGCCACAUGGAGUUCAGGAGGCUCCAUGGAGUGGAGUCCAGACCGCCAGCCCAGAUGGGGCUCUGCCACCCCUCUGGAGACAGCAGGAGCAGCAGUCCCAGGGGGAACCUGUCAGAAUCUGAUGAUGACUAUGAUGACGUGGACAUCCCCAUCCCUGCAGAAGACAUACCUCCACCACUACCCCCCAAGCCCAAGUUCCGUUCUCCAUCCGAUGAUGGUCCUGUGGGGGCUGGGGAUGAGGGGCAGCUGAGCCCGGGGGUGCUGGUCCGAUGUGCUAGUGGGCCUCCCCCACGGACACCCCAUCUUGUGCUUCCCCCAGCCACCUGCAGCUCCCACCUCACAGCUCAUUCAGAACCCUCACUCUGGAACCCAGUCCCCCGAGAACCUGUCCAGCCCCCAAGGCUGCCCCCUAAAAAAGAAAAGAUGAAAAAGAAGGGAUGUGCCCUCCUCGUAAAACUGUUCAAUGGCUGCCCCCUCCGGAUCCACAGCACAGCUGCCUGGACUCAUCCCUCUACCCAAGAUCAGCACCUGCUCUUAGGGGCAGAGGAAGGCAUUUUCAUCCUGAACCGGAGUGAUCAGGAGGCCACACUAGAGUUGCUCUUCCCUGGCCGGACCACCUGGGUGUACUCCAUCAACAAUGUCCUCAUGUCACUUUCAGGAAAGACUCCCCACCUGUAUUCUCAUAGCAUCCUGGGCCUGCUGGAGCGGAAAGAGAGCAGAGCGGGGAGCCCCAUUGCUCACAUUAGUCCCCACCGGCUGCUAGCAAGGAAGAACAUGGUCUCCAUCAAGAUCCAGGACACUAAAGGCUGCCGGGCAUGUUGUGUGGCGGAAGGGGCGAGCUCCGGAGGUCCGUUCUUGUGCGGGGCGUUGGAGACGUCCGUGGUCCUGCUCCAGUGGUACCAGCCCAUGAACAAGUUUCUGCUAGUCCGGCAGGUGCUGUUCCCGCUGCCGUCGCCCCUGCGGGUGUUCGCCCUGCUCACGGCGCCGGGCUCCGAGCUGCCCGCUGUGUGCAUCGGCGUGAGCCAGGGGAAGCCCGCGCGCUCCGUGUUCUUCCACACCGUGCGCUUUGGCGCCCUCUCCUGCUGGCUGGGCGAGAUGAGCACCGAACACAAGGGGCCAGUGCAGGUGACCCAGGUGGAAGAAGACAUGGUAAUGGUUUUGAUGGAUGGCUCUUUGAAACUGGUGACCCCGGAGGGUGCUCCAGUCAGAGGGCUUCGCACCCCAGAGAUACCUAUGAGUGAAGCAGUGGAAGCUGUGGCUAUAGUUGGCGGUCGACUCCAGGCCUUUUGGAAGCAUGGAGUGCAGGUGUGGGCUCCUGGCUCAGACCAGCUGCUGCAGGAGCUGAGAGACCCCACCCUCACUUUCCGUCUUCUUGGCUCUCCCAGGCCUGUGGUGGUGGAGACACGCCCAGCCGAUGAUCCCACUGCCCCCAGUAACCUCUACAUCCAGGAAUGA